UAAUAAUUGAAUCACUGAGAGGCCUACCUCCAGUAAAUGAAGACAGCAUAAUCUUUAAAGAAGAUCGGCAAGCAGCAGGAAAGAUAUUCGAGGUAUUUGGUCCUGUUUUACAUCCCUUUUAUGUGUUAAGAUUUAACAGCUCUGAGCAUAUCAAAGCAAAAGGUGUAAAAGUGCAAGAUAGCAUGUAUUUUGCUCCAUCAGUGGAGGACUUCACCCAGUAUAUAUUUGCAGAGAAACUAAAACAGGAAAAAGGCUCAGAUGCGUCUUGGAAGAAUGACCAAGAACCACCACCUGAAGCAUUGGAUUUCAGUGAUGAUGAAAAAGAAAGGGAGGCAAAACAGAAGAAAAAGAAGCCUCAAAGUCAAGGAAGAAAGAAACUCAAAUCAGAAACAAAUGCAUCAAGUGAAAAGAAGGGAUUUCAUCAGUCAAUGCAGCAGCCUCCUUCAAGUUAUUCAAGGGGAUACCGUGGCAGAAGGUUCUCCAGGGAUUCAUUUUCUCCUCCCUCAGGUCCUCCAGGUUUUUUGAGACAACAAGGAAGACCACCACAGCUAUACUUUUCAGACAACAGAAUGCAUCAGGAAUCUCCAGUGUUUCCACAACCUCAUAGAAAAGAAAAUCCUAUGAUGCAACAGUAUCCCUUUCCUCCUCCAGUUUUUGGUUCUGUUAAUGAUGUGCAUCAGUUUCACCUUCCACCUUCAAACCUGGGUAUGACUUGGACAGGCCCAAACAUGUACAACUCAUACUCAUUUUUACCGCCGCCACCUCCACCACCACCUCCUCCACCUCCUCCAGACAGUCAUCCUUCUCAGUUCAGGCCUUACUAG